AUAUCACCCAAGCAGCUACUAAAGUAGUAAAUAGCAUUUAAUGAUCUUCGUGACUUUCAUAUCAAGUUAAAUUUCAAACUUUUACCUCUUAAAACGUUUUUCAGCCUUUUCUAGGAGAAUUUUUUUGUGAAAUCUAGUUAAGUGAAAUGACUCGCCCCAGUUUCCGUUGACAACAUGGUUCAUAACUUAUGCAGAUAACUUCUACAAACCUAAACACGUGGAAGACAAAAACUGGAAAUAAAUGUAUCAGUAUUAUACAGAGUAACCUUUACUGUAACAUAAAGAGAACACAAUGGAAUUGAAGGACAACCAUACCCUUGAGAAGAAUAAUAGCAAAGAUGACAAAACAUUGCCAGAAGAAAAAAAUGGUGACAAAUUUGAUUAUUUUCCUAUCGAUAACAAGGAUCCGGUGUCACCAAUAGUAAAUAAACUUGUGACAGACUCUUCAUCAGACUUAAGCAACCCAGUUUCCAACAACAUGGUCAAAGACGACAUGAAAAGUUUGGGAAUAUCUAUGAGUAACAAAGAACCUCUCGAUGUAGUUGUCAAGACCCUAAAUCAUGAACCCAAUUCCAGCGACGAUAGUGCUUCAUCAAGCUACGAUAGUGCUUUAUCAAGCUAUGACAGUGCUUCAUCAAGCAACGAGUCCACUUCUGAUGAGUCUGACAUCGAAAGUGAAGAUAUGAAAGAAAAUAAAGCUAUUAAUGUGAAAGAAAAUGAUAAAGUAGAAAAACUGCCCAAAAUAAAAGAUAAACUCACUCUAGGGGAUCUUCCGAAUGUUGAGCCUUUAGAUAUUUUUGUUGAUAAAACAGUGAAACUAGCACCAUUGGGUACUGUUAAAAGUGUUCUAAAUGAUGAUGCAAUUGUUAUCAUUAAAUCACUUGAAAAUGUUCCUGCAAUUGAUGCUGAUAGCAUUCUCUUUAUGGAAAACCGAUCUGGUUUUGGCAGAGUGUUUGAAAUAUUUGCGGUUCGAUGCCCACAUUAUUGUGUGCGUUUCAACAAUAUUGAGGAAAUCAAAUCUACCAGUGUUGAAAUUGAACAAACUCUCUAUUACGCUCCUGAUUCAAAAGAUAUAACACAUUUUGUAUUUCUUUCACAGUUGAGAAAUAUGAAAGGAUCUGAUGCAUCUUGGGUAGACGAUCAAGAACCACCAUCUGAAUUUAUUGAAUUCUCUGAUGAUGAAAUAGAAUCUAUGGCCAAAAGAAAUAAAAAGAACAAAACGAAAAUAUGGAAUCAGGCUGAUUUAACUGAUGAAGGACAUACAAGGCUGGAAACUGGGGAGCAAAGAUAUCCUGAAAAACUACACAUGAUGCAAAACACCCCAAAAGAUACUGUAUGUAAUGCCAAAUUACCACCUCCAUUGCCACAGUCAAAUCAACACCACUUUCAAUCAUGUGAGCCUAAGAUAUCACCACCACCUCCAUUGCCACAGUCAAAUCAACACCACUUUCAAUCAUGUGAGCCUAAGAUAUUACCACCACCUCCAUUGCCACAGUCAAAUCAACACCACUUUCAAUCAUGUGAGCCUAAGAUAUCACCACCACCUCCAUUGCCACAGCCAAAUCAACACCACUUUCAAUCAUGUGAUCCUAAGAUAUCACCACCACCUCCAUUGCCACAGUCAAAUCAACACCACUUUCAAUCAUGUGAGCCUAAGAUAUUACCACCACCUCCAUUGUCACAGUCAAAUCAAUGCCACUUUCAAUCAUGUGAGCCUAAGAUAUUACCACCACCUCCAUUGCCACAGUCAAAUCAACACCACUUUCAAUCAUGUGAGCCUAAGAUAUUACCACCACCUCCAUUGCCACUGUCAAAUCAACACCACUUUCAUCCAUGGGAAUCAGAAACAAGAUCUUCACCUCACCAUAUGCUGUAUCCCAAACAACUACCCAGGACAUCUCAAUCACAUAUGGUUAUGAGUGAACAACAACAAAACAUAAAAAAGGAAAUACGGCUAAACCCACCUCAAGUGAAUGAAAUGGCACCAACUCUCAGGGUGCCAUGCUAUAGACGUCCUGGGUCAUCUAUGGAUACAAGAUUUUCAACCAAAUCGACCAAUUUCAUGAUGCAAUAUCGUACCCAUCACGUUGUGGGCCAACCUGAAAAUAAAAAACAUGGAUGGAAUGAGCAUCACUCACAAUCUGAAAAUCCAAUAGAUCAACAAACAUUUGGCACAAACUUUUUAAGCAUGCAACCAAAUUCCUGGUUUCGAGGAGUUUACCCUUCAGAUAAUAGAUCACCAAUGAACCAACAGUGCCAUUCAAACAAUCAAUGGAGAAUGCCACCAUCUCAUCAACAGAGAAUGACAUCAUCUCAUCAACAGCGAAUGCCAUCAUCUCAUCAACAGAGAAUGACACUAUUUCACCAACAAAGAAUGGCAUCACCUCCACAAAAGACCUCCCCAAAGUGUUAUGGAAUAUUUGGAUAUGUUAUAACAUGCAAUUUGUGAAAAUUACAAUUGCAUUAUUAAAAAUUGUUUAAAAAUUAUCCAAACGAUUUGUCAUAUAAAAUAUAAAAUCAAACUAAAGUUAGUAUUCAAAACACACAAAAAUUAAAAUGAUAUACAGUAGCUAUUUUUUGAAACAAUAAAUGUUGUGUUAUGCCUAA